UCCAUAUUUCCAUCAUCCGUUUUGCGACAUGCUUUCGCACGAUCUUAUAGACCUCACCCAUGGUUGACCACCUUCUGCGCCGCCAUCUACCUAGUCUGGUCUUGGAGAAUUUGCGCCUUUCGACGAAUCGAAUCAGCACAUCCGUGAAGAUUAUAUGCGGGUGUUCGAGCGAGGAAAGGAGUCGCCGAUGGAUUGGGAAGGCGAAGGUGCAGCAGCAGAGCCUUUGCCACCAUGGGCCUCGGGACAGAAACGGAGAAUACAAGACGUGAAAGACUCGGCACGUUCGUCAGCGUUCGAGUUUGGGGCCACCGGGCCAGUGUACAGCGACGCACCCUUCCUUUUCAGUAUGCCUCCUUCGCACGAUGGCGAGACUUCUCUGUUGGACACAGAGAUGGCAGAUGCCUCUCAAGAGCGUUCUCUAGUACUCAGUGAAGGCCCGAGUAGGUCGACAGCACAGGACAGAGAUCGAGCAGGAGAGUCAAAGACGACCAGCCCAGACGCCGGCGACGUAGCGCAUUCACAGGAGUGUGAGGAAGACGAAGAGAGUGAUGUAACUCCAGUAAAGCACAGGGGAAGUGAUGAUGGUAUCAAGACCGACGCCAGGAAGCCCAGACUCUUUGCAAAGGGUGCAGUCUCCAGGGUGCGGAGACGACGGGGGUCGCAGCGGCUUUCCCACAUGUCCAGGCCUGGGCAGCGGCGCCGAGAAGCAAGAGAGCGAGCGGAAGAGGCAUCCGAAGGAGAAACUGAGGAUGGAGCUCACAGCCUCUGGGCGGGAUCACGUGCGGUCAACUACUUUCUCCCGCCAGCCGUCACAAAGCAAGAGCUUAGUCAUCUCGACUGGCCGGAAAUACUUUUGGGAUAUGCGCAAUUCGCGUUCAAUGCGAGCUUACUUGCGGCAUUUCUUUAUAUGCUCUAUUGCGUCGCAUCGACAAUAGCACAGGACGUCCGCGACAAAGUGCACGAGUCUUCUUUCGACGCGGUGUCAGAGGUUCAAAUGUGUGCCGAAAAGUUCCGACUGAAUCGCUGCGGCACGGACGGAGCAGUGCCAGCCUUAGAUUCGGCGUGCAAGGCGUGGGCAAGGUGUAUGGCCCGCGAUCCGACUGUUGUUGGAAAAGCAAGGGUAGCGGCUGAGACAUUCGCCGAAAUCCUCAAUGGCUUCGUAGACGUCAUUAGUUGGAAGAGCAUGGUGAGCUCUUCUGCUUGGCAAUUCUCACCAUCAUUGUUCAUGCCGCCAACUCAACAUUGACUUUCUUUCGUUCACAAAGCCGGAAACGCCGCCAGAAACGCGAAGAGCGCGCGGCGCGCCACGAGACCCCGGGUACGGCAGGCGUUGGGCAUUUUCCCGGUCACCAUCCUCACAGCAUCCUACCUCCGUACGCGUACCCACCAGCCUCCUAUGCAC